CAGUCUCCUAAAGCUAGGAAGUGCAGAAAAUGCAGGCGAAAAUGCAGCGUUUGCGUUUGGUUGCUUGCCUUUUGAACGUUUCCGAAGCAAGAUCAAAGCCCAUCGUAGAAUCGAUUGCUCAUUCAGCUAUUGGGAAUACUAAACCACUCAACGAAACGAGCUUGAAGUGUUCUUCGACAGUGUUAAACAUUUUUUCAGAUCUUGACUAUAACAGGUCUGUUAUAACAAUAGCUGCCCCAGUUGAUAGUAUAGAGGAGAGUGUAUUCAGAGCAUGCAAAACGGCAUAUGAGGAAAUAGAUCUGAGCAAGCACCGUGGAGGUCAUCCAAGACUAGGAGCGGUCGACUUGGUACCACUACACCCUAUAACACCUAGUGUCACUCUAGAAGAAUGCGGCAAAAUUGCUAUAAACAUUGGUAGGAGGAUCACAGAUACAAUUAAAGGUUCUUCUGUAUUUUUCUUUGGGCAUGCAGAUUUACCACUUAAGAGAGGGCUUGUCACAAGACGCAAAGCUGUAAGGUGGUAUGAAGGCAAGGGAGACAUGACAUUUGACGGCAUUGGUUGGGACAUAGGCCCCGCCCCCACUCCACGCUAUGGAUGUACAGGUGUGGGUGCCAUACCUUAUGUCACUAACUGUAAUGUUACAAUAGAUACUAAAGAUUUAUCACUUGGCAAGAAGAUUGCAGCUUCCAUAAGAGCAACAAGCUCAGAAGGGUUACCGGGUGUGCAGUCCAUGGCGUUUGCUCACGAAGGAAUGGUGGAGAUUGCUUGUAAUGUUGAGGCACUGGAGGAGCUUACUGAUGAAGGGACAUUUAAUUACACAAGUGCCAAUAACAUUGAGGAAAGAAUCAAAGAGAUGGCUUCCACAGCAGGAGUCGAGCUUUAUGGUACCAAAGUAGUGGGGUAUACUCCCGAAGAGGCGUACCACAGAGCCAAAAAUGCUCUAGAGCAGGGCAACAGUACAGCCUGGGAGACCUCUAAAGAGUAUCGCAUGUAAAUCCAGAUUGAAUUCGUAUAAGAAAUGCUAUCUGUUCAGGAUCAAAUAGGACUAUUACCAAAGGACUGCAAAUGGAGUCAUUUUCAACCUGUACAACAAAUCUACAUGGGCCGAUCAAGGGGUAGGGGGUGGGGUGGCGGCAAGAUGGUCCAAGCUCCCUUUUUGAGUUUUGGCAUAAAAAUACAAAGAAAAUAACAAUAAGCAAUGCGGCCUCACACUUUUUAAAUCCUUGCUCUACACCUGGAGCUCCUGGAACUGCAUGUAAUAGUCAAAGUGCAGUUGUCCAUCCAACAAAAGAGGUAAUAAAGACAUUUAAGUGUACAAGAAUAGACUAAAGCAUAUUUCACAGCUUAAUAAAAAAAAAAGUGGUAUAGAUAUUUCUAUACCACUUAUAUUGACAAAGUCAAUAAAAAAUAGUUACCCAUAGCUGUCAUCUCUCCCUUUAUGCAGAAGUCUUAUUUCACCCAUUCAGUGUUUUUCUCACUGGAUGUUUCUUAUUUCUGUCUGCUGGGGGUGGUCAGCUAUUGUUACCAUAUGAGACGAAAAUGUUCCAUAUGCAAAUACAUACACUAUAAAUCAAA